AUGGAAAAGGAUAAAGUACCAGUAGAGGUGAAAUCUUUUCAAAAUAACGGUAAAAAAGAAUUGGAUGGUUAUCCGAUUGACCAUGGAUGGGCAUGGAUGGUGAUGUUGGGGGCAUUUGGAAUGCACGUGUUUACUGUUGGAGGCUUGAAAUCUUUUGGAGUAUUUUUUGAGGAAUUUCAGAAGAAAUUUUCUGCCACUUCCAGUGAAUUAGCCAGUGUUUAUUCAUUGUCCAAUUUCUUGAUGUUUGCUUUGGGUCCAUUUGCUAAUGCAUUGGCAAAUCAGUUUAAUUAUCGAUGUGUUGUGAUGUCUGGUGGUAUAUUACUUGGAUUAGGAUUCUUCUUAACUUCUUUUGUCCAUUCCUUAUGGCUUCUAUUUGUAUCCUAUGGUUUUCUGGCAGGUAUUGGUUUUGGGUUGUCCUAUUCUCCAUUCAUUGUGAUGGUUGGUCAUCAUUUUGAAAAAAGACGUUCACUUGCAAUGGGCAUAGCUGUAUCUGGCAGUGCUUGGGGAUGCUUCUUGGACCACCAGCUAUUGGUUGGAUUCGAGAUGCCAGUCGUGGACAAUGGAUGA